CAAAAUAUACCAAACCCAAAUAUUAGCUUUUUGAUCUGACUAUAUAUAUGGAAAGAAAAUAUAAAAACACAAACAGAAUUAUUUAAAACUUGUUUAAUUAUUUGAUAAUUUAAAAGUCUUUAUUGGAGAAAGGAAAUUGGGAAUUUGGCAAAGAGACAACAACCCGAUCAAAGAGCAGCCGAGUGCCACCAACUAGUCUUCGACGCAGCGAGAAAAUACAGUACCCAAAGGUGAUCCUCAGCUAGCCCCAAAAAUAAACUCAUCAUGAACAAAAAUCCAACACACCAAGAAAAUGACGAGGAAAAAACUAUGUAUGGAAUGAGAAAAAUUAUCAAUCUUCAAAAAUACGGUGUUAAAAGUUUCCCUUACCGAGGAAGGCGUAGAUACACACCGUCGAUUUCCCAGUCUCUAGACGGAGGGAUUGUUAUAUCAAAUGACGUUUUCGGACUGACAAUAAGGCAGUUUGAACGAAUCUAUAAAGUUUGCUUAGAAAGACGAAAGAUUCAUGAACAGUGGAUACUAAACCUUAGAUAUCCUGACAAGUCUUCUAAUGAAUACCUGGAAUACUUACAGGAUUGUGUAUACUUCAAUCAAGAUAUAUUGCCUUGGCCAGGAAAUGGUCUGAAGGACAAAUACUUAUACCAACAUCUUGUUUAUACAAUUGGAUCUGAAAUGCAUAUUCGUAAUAGACAACGUCUAUUUAUCAUAGAAGAUAUGAUACAAAAUUUAUUGCAAACUUAUAUGCCUCGAAUAUCUAGCGGAAGUUUGGCAGAAGGAUUAGAUUUACCUGGUAGUGACAUAGAUAUAAUGUUCGUAUUUAAAACCGUAGACGUAAUUCAAAAUGUAAGGAAUAUCAACCACACAAUACAACAUACUACACUGGUUAUGGAGCCAGAUAAGGAUUAUCCAGGAUUUGCAAGACUUAGAUUGAUAGCAGAAAGUGAGGAAGAUAAUAAUAUCAUACUAUCUGGAUGCUGUGAAAGUACUACAAACGGUGAAUAUGUAUCCGUGGACGGAUUUCUUCAUAACAUAACCCGACGUUUUUCAGGUUUUCAGCUAUCUUCACACGGUCCAUGCUUAUCAGAUACAGAUCAGAAUGUUGAUAUUGCAUUCUGCGUACGAAUUAAAAUCUUACCUUAUAUUGUUAUACCGUGGGUAAGGCGUCAUCGACACAAAUGGCCUCCUAAUUUUGUAAUUGACAAAAUUCAAAAUUACGGAUGUCUUUUAGUACCUAUAGGACCAAAGAAUAUGUUGGAAAGUGGCUUAUUAUGGAGAUUGUCUUUCUCUAUGGCAGAAAAACAUCUUGUACAUUCAUUUAAUUUCACUCAACUUUUAUGUUACGGUCUUCUAAAAUUAACUUUGCGGCGUAUCAUUUACACAAAUGCUGAUGUCAAAGAUUUAUUAUGUUCCUAUUUUCUGAAAACAGCUUUAUUUUGGGUGUCUGAGGAAGUUGAUAUUGAAAUAUUUCAAUUAGAUAAAUUGUUUUAUUGCUUUUCUCUCUGUCUUGAUAAAUUGAUAUUAUGGAUAAAGAACUGUUACUGUCCGAACUAUUUUAUACCUACACAUAACAUGUUUCUAGGAACAGUUGACCACAUUAAUAAUCAAAAACUUAUGAUUGUACUGGAUAGUAUAAAAUGUGCUGGAAUUGAUGGAUUGAUAAAUAAUUUAUUUCUGACUCAGAGAGGACAUGGUCAAAUAUUCAGGUCAAAGAGAGAAACUUCAAGCAUUGUGUUAGACCUAUUUUUGUACAAAACAUUUGCAGAACAUACCGCUGCUCUAGACAUUUCUAGUUGUUAUCAGUUACUGCAAUUUGUCGAAUCCUUACAAAUGUGUGAAUCGUCUAAAUUUCUCAUUGAUUCAUGUAAAUAUAUUUAUGGAGUAAUCAGUCAAUACACUGCACAAUUAGUACAACCACCUUCUGCAAAAAGUAAACCGAACAACUUACACAAACGUUAUCAUAGACAUUUACGAGACAGUCUUAGGACAGAUGCUGUGUCGGGUUGGUUGUUGUAUGCGUCCUAUUAUUAUGUUACUGGACAGUACAAUGUAACACUCGAAUUGGCCGGAUAUGUUUUGUCAAGAUGCAAACCUGGUACAUAUAUGACGUAUGUAGGCAGAGAUACCUAUAACGAAGAAGACAUGAAUAUUUAUAAACGACAUGUACAUUCCAAAAUAUCACUUAAUGAUAGAAUCAAAUUAGCAACGGUAAAAAGUUUUCAUUACUUUUGGCAUUCAUCUUUAAUACCAGAAGAGCUUCGGCUUGGAGUGAUAAAAAGAGGAAUUACUAUACCACCAGUUGUUCUGACGUUCUGUCUGAGAUUUUUAUGUCAUCAUCAUCUUGGUGAUAUAUUAAAUAGACAACAGGCAUUAUAUGAUUUACUUUUAACAGUUAAAGAUAAAUAUUUGAUUUCAUCAGAUGAAAUAUCUAUUUCAAAAACAAUACUUGGAGUAUGUUAUGAGAUAUCAGGAGAUGUUACCAAUGCCCAUGAGUGUUACGAUGAGGCUCAAGAAGAUGAAGAUCUGUUUGUCUUUUAGCAAAAGCAAGGAAAUCAAAUUUGUUGUUACCUUUGACAUAAACUUUUAGUAUAUGGAUCACAACAUGAGAUUUAACAUGAACAUAAAUUAUCAUUAUAAUUUGAAAUAGAUAAUGCUAUAUCAGCUAUCAGGUACAGUCUGUAUGUUUGACCAAAGCAGUACUCAUACAUGUAGGUUAAGUUAUUGAAGUUAUGCAGUGAGUUGAGGCUUAAUUGUGUAUGGGAAGUUUAUUAAUUAUAUGGUAUACAGUAUAACAAAUGCAUUACAAAAUAAAUAAAUGUUAUGCUAUAGGUAAAGCUUACACUAUGUUAAAAUAGGAAUGAUUGUAAAAGAUUGUAAAUGAGACAACUAUCAAAAUAGAACCAAGUAAAGUAU